AACAAUCGCCAGAAUAUUAAAAAAAAAAAAGAAAAAAAGCGCAUCCCCGUCAAGAGGAGAUAUGUCGACCUUGGAAAAUCAGUCGGUAGAUUUUUAUAGCGUGCAGAGGGAUUAUUGGCGUCAAGUGAAAGAAUCCGAGGGCUUCGAUGUUGAGAAUAUUUCAUUACCAUCAAAUUCUGGAGUGAUCACUGGACUGAUGCCCUACGAUUGUGUACGUUUUAAGAGUUAUCCUCAUCCUGUAAUGGUCAACCUUUAUGCUAAGGUGGGGCUACAUCGUUACAAUAUGUUGAAGGAGACAAACUUCCAGCUUGAUUCCCUAGUGAAAUUCAACAUGUUACAGCAUUGUUUGUCCUCUUUCUACAUCACUUUGCUUGCACACGAUCCAGCUCUUCACCCACUGGAGAAAACCUUCCAGGUGAAAGUUGGUGACCAAAAAAUACACUGUUUGCAUAUUAUAUGCACCAUUUCCAGAGUUAAAGAUGAAGUGAACCCCAAGAAGCCCUUUGUACCACACUUUCAUGAUGCAGCAAAGGAGGAUGGUCUCUUCAAAGGUGAAUUGCUUGCAGAUAGUUUCUUCAAAGGUGAAUUACCUGAUUGGCCGUCAGAUGAUGCUUUGAAUGAUGGAAAACGGUUUUACUUGGUGAAGGAAUCAGAGUGGCAAGCCAAUGAUUGGAUUCCUCUGUAUCUGGAACUUGUAAUUUGUGCAGAUGCUAGGCUGGUCGCGGAGAGGGAUGUUGUUUCCAAAUUGGAGAUUCUGGAAGUGGCCAUAGAAACUGGUAUUGAAGAUGUGGAGCCGCCAAAUGAGAGACUCAAGGCUACACGUGCAAAUGUCUACAUAAAGUUUAAGGGCCUGGCAAAUGUUUGUUCCCCUAGAAUGAUUUUUGAGAUUGGUGAGCAUGUCGAACGCAAAGCUGUGGUUAGAAGAGUCCUCGAUAAGUAUGGAUGCCUGACUAUUUCGGGUAAGUUUUGUGGUGGUCGAAGUACUCAAAAGCAGCCUUCUGUGGCUCUCCAAAAUGGAAAGAAAAUCCAGAGUUGUAAAAAGCGACCUCGCUCAGACUAGUACAACUCAUGGAGUAAGGCCCUCCUCGUGAUGAUAAGAUCCAUUUUGAAUGUGUGGAUCAGAUUAUAAAUUAAGCCAUUUUGUGGGCCUUUUUAUUGAGUACUGUUUUCAGAUACAAGUACAACCUAUUAAAUAUGUUAGCAAGCAUUUUUUUUUUUUGGUAAUCGUUAGCAAGCAUAUUUGUGCUUUAGUAAUGGAAUGAUUUAGUUCUCCU